AUGUUUCAGCUGCCCAUCUUGAAUUUCAGCCCCCAGCAGGUCGCCGGGGUCUGCGAGACUCUGGAGGAGAGCGGGGACGUCGAGCGCCUCGGCCGCUUCCUCUGGUCGCUGCCCGUCGCGCCGGCGGCCUGCGAGGUCCUCAACAAGAACGAGUCGGUGCUGAGGGCACGGGCCGUCGUCGCCUUUCAUACCGGCAAUUUCCGUGAACUCUACCACAUCCUGGAGAACCACAAGUUCACCAAAGAGUCGCACACGAAGCUGCAGGCGCUGUGGCUGGAGGCGCACUACCAGGAGGCUGAGAAGCUGCGGGGACGCCCGUUGGGGCCCGUGGACAAAUACAGGGUGCGGAAGAAGUUCCCCCUACCCAGAACCAUAUGGGAUGGAGAGCAGAAAACCCACUGCUUCAAGGAGAGAACCCGGCACUUGUUAAGAGAAUGGUAUUUGCAGGAUCCCUACCCGAAUCCCAGUAAAAAGAGGGAGCUUGCACAGGCUACAGGACUUACACCCACACAAGUAGGAAACUGGUUCAAAAAUCGCAGACAAAGAGACAGAGCAGCGGCUGCGAAGAACAGGCUCCAGCAGCAGGUCUUGUCCGGCGGCUCGGUUCGCUCCCUGGCGGACGAGGACGGCACCGUGGACCGCCUGGGGAACUCGUCCAGUCCGGAGGCCAGUCUGUCCAGCAAAGCAGCCGCCUCGGCCAUCUCCAUCACCUCCAGCGACAGUGAAUGUGACAUCUGA